AUGGAUGCGAUCGCCGCUGCGGUGGGACGCCAGCUCCAACGUCCCGCCAACCCUCGGUUAGUGGAAACCAUUGUCGGGUUCUACCAUGCCAGUGGCUCGCUCGCUGAGUUUGCCACCAAAUGCUCCAUUAUCGGCAUCUCUGACGCCCAGGAAGUGUACGACACCAUAUCUGCCAGUGGUGCUAAGGCGAAGCCAGCGGCAAAACGAGCCGUGGUAACCAUCGAUAAUGACGAUGACAUCGAUAUUCUACCAAAACCGAAACCGAAAAAGUUUAAAGGGUUCAAGAAAAUCGAUAAACUGGAGGCUAAACGCCGCAGUGAAACAUUGGCGGGAGAUGAAGGUCAUGAUGCCAUCAAAGGCCAUAUUGCCACCACCACCACUACUACUACUCCAUCCUCAGCAUCAAAUACAGCCAAACCACUGUCAUCAUCGCCUGGGUUUAUCCCUCAUUCCAUCGUUCUGGGGCCUAAUAACCAGGAUACCCUGAGGCUCCAAGUGGUCAGUCAUUUCCAUACGCCGCCGUUUCUCCAACAAAAUAGCCACUACCUUUCCGUCCAUUUAGAGAAGAUGGGACCAAUGGUAGAUCCCGUGAAAAACGAUAAGUCUGAGCUUGCCGUCGAGGCUAGAGAGGGGAGUCGUCUUGUUGACGAUCGCCGCCAGCUUAUCGAACGAAAGAAGAAAAUGGAACAACUCGUCGGCCAAUCAGAGGACAAUGAAACUAAAGCUGAACCGACUAAAACUGAAGUCAAAGCUGAAUUACCCAAAGAGGAUAUUGCUGCUACUCGUCGUCGCCUUCCCGUGUACCAGGUAAAGUCUCAAUUGGUACAAACGAUCUUGGAAAACCAGGUGACGGUGGUCAUCGGGGAGACCGGUUCGGGUAAAACCACUCAAUUGGCACAAUACUUAUACGAACACGGCAUCAGUGGGAAAAUCGCCUGUACCCAACCCAGACGGGUAGCGGCGAUGCUGGUGGCGAAAAGAGUAGCCGAUGAAGGUGGCUGUGAUUUGGGGAGUACCGUGGGUUACCUGGUGCGGUUUGACGACCGUACCACCCCACAAACCAAGCUUAAGUUUAUGACUGAUGGUAUCCUUGUACGGGAGUUUUUGGGGGAUCCCUUACUUCUGGAAUACGAUGUCAUCAUCAUGGACGAAGCCCACGAGCGGUCUUUGAAUACCGAUGUCCUCCUCGGCCUUUUUAAACGGCUCCUCACUCAACGCCUUGAUUUAAAGCUUGUGGUGACAUCAGCAACGAUGAAUGCCACCCGUUUCAGUGACUAUUUUGGCCAGGCGCCUCAGUUCUUCAUCCCCGGUCGAACUUUCCCAGUGGAGACUCUCUACGCCAAACUGCUGGCCACUGACUACGUUGAACAAGCAGUGAAACAAGUGCUCACCAUCCACCUCUCUACCCGCGAUAACGACGGCGAUAUCUUAGUAUUUAUGACGGGGCAAGAAGAUAUUGAGGCAGUGUGCGAUGUCCUCCACGAGCGCCUAGCGAAAAUCGAUGACCCCCCACCGCUAGAUAUCCUCCCCAUCUACGCGCUGCUCCCACCGGAACAACAGAAACGGAUCUUUACUCCGUCGCCUCACCGGAAAGUGGUGGUGGCGACCAAUAUCGCCGAAACCUCGCUUACCAUCGACGGCAUCCGCUACGUCAUCGACCUGGGUUUAGUGAAAAUGAACGUGUACAGUGCCAAAUUGGGGAUGGACGUGUUACGAGUGGUACCGGUGUCCUUGGCUAACGCUAACCAGCGUAGUGGUCGUGCCGGGAGAACUGGUCCCGGGGUAGGGUACCGCCUUUAUACGGAACGGGCAGCGCUGGAAGAAAUGAUGUUUCGCCAACCCAUCCCGGAAAUCCAGAGAACUAAUUUGUCGAACGUGAUGCUUUUGCUUAAACUGUUGGGGGUGGAAGAUAUUGCUAAAUUCCCCUUUUUAGACCCACCACCACCAGAUUUACUCUACGGCUCUCUUUACGAUCUAUGGGCUUUGGGAGCUUUAAGCAGUCAAGGACGCCUCACUGAACUCGGCACCAUCAUGACUAAGUUCCCCUUGGACCCUACGUUGUCGCGAGCCCUCAUAUUAUCCAGUUUACCCCAAUUUGGCUGUAGUGCCCAGAUGGUGCUGAUUGUGGCCAUGCUUGCCCUUGGCCCCUCGCAAAUCUUUCUCCGCCCUAAGGAACGGGCUAAGGAAGCCGAUCUGGCCCGGGAUAAGUUCAUCAUCCCUGAAUCGGACCACUUGACGUUGCUUAACGUCUAUAAUCAGUGGACACGUCAAUCACGCUCAGCCAAAUGGUCAGCCACCAAUUUCAUCAACGAUAAACUGAUGAUGAAGGCUCGUGACAUCCGCCAACAGCUAGUUGGGGUACUCGAGCAGCUAAAGCUUCCUUUAGUGCUGGCACUGGAGGAUACCGUCCGCAAAUGCCUCUGUGCCGGUUUCUUUGCCCUGGCAGCAGUGGUGGAACGAGUAAACCCCAAUAGCGGGCUGCCGGAGUUUCUGCUGCUUCGCCACCGGUAUAUGAAGUUGUUUUUGCACCCGACGUCAGUUCUAGUGGGGGCCAACUUGCUGUGUCCCUACGUGAUAUACCACCUGCUCAUGAUGACGCUGAAGGAGUACAUUUCCUGUGUCACCGUGGUGGACCCGUUGUGGCUUGUCGAUUACGGUGGCGUCUACUAUGAUGUGAGCGAUCUGCACAAACGGAGAUUUGAAAUUACCACCGAGAGUGUUGCCAACGAGUUUGAAGUUACUAAUGAAGAGACGCUGCUGACACCGGUUGCGGAAACGGUAGUGGUCCCCCGUCGUCACCGCGGACUCUAA